AUGGCAAUCGAUGAACACAGCCCAUCAUCUCAGCUUCCAGAAAGAGACAAACUUGCCCGGAGUCGAGACGAAUGGGAGAGUGCUACUCUACAGAACGCCAACACCAAGUGCAACGCCUUGCUGCCAAUAUGGGGGCCCGAGAUUUCACAUACCAACUUCUCGAGUUCUGUUGCAAGGUUCCACAACUACUUACAAGAGUGUACAGGACUAUUUGACCCCUCCUUCCACACCCUUGCUCACGAUAUUCGACUGCUUCUGGUUCGCUUUGCCUACGAGAAGUCCUUCAGUGGGGAAAGUGGAGGGGGUGGUCCACAGAGCAACAUGCACCUGCUCCCCUACUACCUUCAUGUUGGAGCACACGUCAUGAACCUGAGUCACUGCUACCAGAGAGAGGAGAGGAACCUAGCAACCUUCCUGGCAGCUGCUCCUGACACCUGGGUCUCCUCCGCUUACGAGUUGGACGGUCCCCAGUACCAGCUGGUGGUGUCACUGUUCAUCCAGUCGUUGAGUGAGUGGGAGGAGCAUCGGACCACCAUCCUCAAGAGACUGUUAGUGUUGGCCCAUGCCAGGAACAGUAGCUCCUCCCUCAUCAAGAGCCUCUCCUCGUCCUCCCCGGCAGAGUUCUCGGUGUACAAGCCGCUGCUAAUGAUGUUCUCACUAGUGGACAGUCUACACCGAGUCCUCAAGACCACACUGUCAGUGUCUGGUAGUGACCUGCCCACAGCUCUACUGGAGCACGUGCGGACCAAUGAUAGCACUGUGCUGGAAGCUAGCGACAAGCUGUUGACAGAGUUCCAAGAUGAGGUGCAAUCUUGCGAGUCCUUCCAAGAGUUCCUUGAUGUCAUGGGGUUGCUUGUUGCUAUUGACAACCCAGAUGUCUUCCUGGCGGAGUUGCUCUCCUCGGUCACAGUCUCCACCGCUAGUGACAACUGAACCAGUACCUGUAGAAACUGAUUAUAAUUAUAUAUGAUUAAACAUUUUUACAAGUGUUAUUAUACUCACAAAAUUAGUUGACAUUAGCAUUUUAUAUCCAACAUUUUAGCUUCUGAACAUUCUUUAUUAUCAUUGUGUGAUCAUAGAUGACAGU